AUGGAUUUCCUCAUUUUCAUCACACUUUUAAUGUCAGUCUUGGAAGCUGCAUUUGCCUUCAAUAUUGACCCUGUGGCGUGGAAAACCUUGACCAACUCAGCAGAGGGUUUUGGAUAUCAGAUAGCGCAAAGACAAUCAGAUUUACUUGUCAGUGCGCCCCUUGCUCAGACUUCAUCAAACAGAAGAGGACAAAUCUUCAGUUGCUCUGUUCACACCUCGACUUGCAAUGCGUUAGAAAUUUCAGUGCCGUACUUUGCUGUCAACAUGUCUUUUGGCUUGACCAUGACAGCCAAUCCAUCCACUGACGAUAUCACGGCAUGUGGUCCCACCAUUCCAAAAGACUGUGAAAGCAUCACCAUGUUCAACGGUGUGUGCUUGGAGAUACCCCCUUCAAAUGUCCCCAGAUCACGUCUGCCUGCUUUUCUUGAUGAGUGUCGUAGUACAGCAGACAUCGCAUUUCUGUUGGAUGGGUCGGGCAGCGUCGACAACGAACAGUUUAAGAUAAUGAAGAAUUUUGUCAUAGGUCUCAUCGACUCCUUUAUGGGCAAAGAUUCCAAGUUUGCCAUAAUCCAAUUCUCCAACGAGCCCAGAGUCCAUUCUGAUUUUUCUACCUUCAACUUUGCAACUUGGAGAAAUGACAUUCAAGGGAUAAAGCAAUUAAAAAGAACGACAAACACAGCCAGUGCAAUUCUAAGUGUUGCGAAUAGAGUCUUUUUAAAAACAAGAGGUUCCAGGUUGAAUGUGAAAAAGAUUCUUAUAGUAAUCACAGAUGGAAAAUCUAGCGAUAGCACCAAAUUACCAUACGCAAUAAAGGCAGCCGAGACAAAAAAUAUAGUUCGAUUUGCUAUUGGGGUGGGGAGUGCAUUUGACAGCUCUGAUGCAAAAACGGAGCUGGAAACCAUCGCAUCUCUUCCCCUGGAAAAGCAUGUGUUUCACGUGAGGAACUUCCGCGCGCUUGAUGCAAUAAAGAAGACUUUGGAGGACAGCAUCUUUGCUAUUGAAGGAUCUCAAACAAGCGGUGAGAAGCUAAAAAUGGAGAUGGCUCAGCAUGGAUUCAGUGCCGCUUACAUGCCUGAUGGAAUACAAAUAGCUUCUGUCGGGGCGAACGGUUGGAGAGGAGGUUUUCAUACAUACACAGACAAGGAACAGAGUUCCUAUCUGCCGACGGACAUUGAUCCUGACAGCUAUCUGGGUUAUUCCAUAACCAUUGCCCAAACGCACUCUGAAACACUGACGGUAGUUGGUGCACCAAGAUAUCAACAUAGAGGAAUUGUUAUGGUGAUUCUUCAAAACACAGCUAUACAAACAAUAGACCCCUUUGUAUGGCAGUAUCAGAUAGGUGAAUAUUUCGGGGCAGUGGUCUGUGCCAUGGAUGUGAACCAAGACGCCAUCACGGACGUCGUGCUCAUUUCUGCCCCUAUGUUUGUGGAGGACGAUAGAGAGGGGAGGGUUUACGUUUGCAGCAUGAACCGUUCGAGAGUAGAGUGUCGGUUCGAGACUCCUUUAAUCCUGAGAGGAGUCCCAUCUACCAGAGGGCGAUUCGGUUCUUCCCUCGCCAUACUGCCUGACCUCAACUCAGAUGGACUUAACGACUUGGCGGUCGGGGCACCGUUGGAGGAUGACGGCCAGGGCAGCGUCUACAUAUUUCACGGCGAGCAAAAAGGAAUCUCUGCUACUUUCUCACAAAGGAUUGCUGGAUCAGAAUCGGACUCAGGUCUCAGGUUCUUUGGUAUGUCCAUCGGCCAGUCUUCAGCGGAUCUCAGCGGGGAUAACCUGAGUGACCUUGCAGUGGGUUCAAAAGGAACAGUCAUCUUACUCAGAUCCAAACCCAUAGUAAUGGUAGACAGCACGCUCUCCUACAACCCAAAACAAGUCUUGACAGAAAACGUUACUUGUGAAAACCCAACGCUUUUCAAUGCAGAAAUCUGCUUUUUGAUGAGCAACAUCUCAUCCCUGGAAAGAGCAAGAGCGAGAGUUAAUUAUACUUUAACGCUGGACGCCACCCGCAAGGUUCCCAGCAACCGAGCUUACUUCAAUGAAAAAAAACGGGAAACAAGCAGGACCAUGAUUCUCGACUUACAAGGGCCAAAAUGCUUCCAAGUCAAGUUCUACAUCGAGCCCUGCCCAGAAGACUCUUAUAAUCCUCUUGACAAUGAGCUUCAAUUCACAUUUGAAGGUUUGCCCGCCGCUAAUAAUCUGAGUCCCUCUUUGGCUCAACAGGCCCAAAUGACCCCUUAUCCGUUGUAUUUUGAGAUCGAUUGUGGCGAGGACAACACAUGUGAAGAUAACCUCAACAUUGAUUUUAACUUCAGCAGCUCCUUGGAGGUUAAAGUGGGCAUUGAUGAACUCUUGAACGUCAUCAUAUCUGUGGAAAACCAGGGAGAAAACUCCUACAACACCCUUGUUGUUCUCACGUACCCAGUCGGAUUCUCUUACAGGAAAUUUACUGCUCUGCAGGGACGAAUUGAGUGCAAUUCUUUGGACAGUGAAGGUGGUCAAGCCCGUGGAAGGACAGAAUGCACCAUUGACAAACCUAUUUUCAGAAGCAACGCAAAGGCUACCUUCGUGGUGACGUACAGUAUUGACACCAACAGCGAACUGGACAACAGGAUGUUUGUCACAGCAAAUGCAACAAGUGGGAAUGCGCAGCACUCGGCUUUAAGUCAGCCUUACAAAUUCAAAGACAUUGGUGUGAAGUACAGCAUUUUUGUUACAAUGGAAAGUUCGCUAAGCUACAUCUAUUUCACCUAUGGAAAAAAUGAUGUGCAAAAAUCAAUCCAGCAAUCAGUUUUGGUUUCCAAUACCAUCCGAGCCUUGAACCUCACAUUUGUGAUCAGAGUGCCAGUGAAGCUUGGUGAAAUGGACAUCUGGCAGAAUUUGAACAGUUUGCAGAUUCCAGACUGCCAGUUUAGCAAUGAUGAAAGCGCAAAUAUAACAAAUUUUGUUGAACUGGUGCAAAGAAAUAAGAUCGUGGACUGCUCAGUUGCUACGUGCAGGGUGUUUCAUUGCAACAGGUUCAUGGAAACUUUAGAGAACAAGCAGUACGAAAUAUCUGGCAAUAUGAGUUCAGCAUGGAUCCAGCAGGUCGGACUCAACAAGGCGAAGUUAAUGUUCAUCAGCACGGCCAGUCUUGAGUAUGACCUGAACCAGUACAUCUUCUUUUCAACAUCAUCUAAUAGUAACCCUCCCAUGCACAAGAUUGAAACAGAGGUAGAAGUGUAUCCCCAACCAGACAUUACCAAAGCGAUAGUUGGCGGUUCCAUAGGAGGACUGGCAAUAGUGGCUAUACUCUCAAUUGUCCUGUAUAAGGCUGGAUUUUUCAACAGUAAAUACAAGUAUGUGAUCAAUGAGGCUGACGGCGGAGUAGCAGUGAAUGACGAAGCCACACUUACGGCUGCGGGCUCAGAAGAAGGCCCGCCUAACAAAGCCUCGGUGGCUCGCAGCGACAGCAGAGAGGCUGUUUGCGAGCCGGAUGCCAGAAAACUUAUUUGGGGGGGCAUAUGUGGGACGCUGCGGCGGCGGCAUGACACACCAAGUUUCUUUCAGGAGGUGAAAGUCAAACAGGGCCCGGUGAAAGACUUCAUCGGCCAUUAG